GCGCGGCGGCGGCGGUUGCUGCUGGCCGUUUCCUGGUGGUGCUCGCGGCGGCUGCUGCUGCACGGGGCGGAAGAAGGAGGAGGAGGAGGAGGAUGCGGCGCAGGUCGCGGCUGCUGCUCUGCUUCGCCUUCCUCUGGGUGCUGGGCAUCGCCUACUACAUGUACUCGGGGGGCGGCGCCGCCGUAGCCGGCGCGGGCGGCGGCAGGAAGGAGGACCCAAAUGACAUUGAUUCACCAAAAAGAAAAGACCCACGAAGUAACAAUGGGGAGGACAAAGCACAAAGUAUGGAGACGCUACCUCCAGGAAAAGUUCGAUGGCAAGAUUUCGAUCAAGAUGCCUACGUUAGUGCUACAAUGGUUCGAUCUGGUCAGGACCCAUACGCUCGGAAUAAAUUUAAUCAAGUAGAAAGUGACAAACUGCGAAUGGACCGAAACAUACCUGAUACCAGGCAUGAUCAGUGUCAACGGAAGCAGUGGCGGAUAGACUUGCCAGCCACUAGUGUAGUGAUCACCUUUCAUAACGAGGCAAGAUCUGCUUUACUUCGAACAGUUGUCAGUGUUCUUAAAAAAAGUCCAUCACACCUUAUCAAGGAAAUUAUAUUAGUUGAUGACUACAGCAAUGAUCCUGAGGAUGGUGCUCUCUUGGGGAAAAUAGAGAAAGUGCGUAUUCUUCGAAAUGACCGUCGAGAAGGCUUGAUGCGCUCUCGUGUCAGAGGGGCAGAUGCAGCACAGGCUAAAGUAUUGACGUUUCUGGAUAGUCACUGUGAAUGUAAUGAGCACUGGCUGGAACCUCUUCUGGAGAGAGUAGCUGAGGACAAGACCAGAGUUGUGUCUCCUAUAAUUGAUGUAAUUAAUAUGGACAACUUCCAGUACGUGGGGGCGUCAGCUGAUUUAAAAGGCGGCUUCGAUUGGAACUUGGUGUUCAAAUGGGAUUACAUGACGCCAGAGCAAAGAAGAGCACGACAAGGAAACCCUGUUGCUCCCAUAAAAACACCAAUGAUAGCUGGUGGGUUAUUUGUGAUGGACAAAUCCUAUUUCGAAGAGCUAGGAAAGUAUGACAUGAUGAUGGAUGUUUGGGGUGGAGAAAAUCUAGAGAUUUCAUUCAGAGUUUGGCAGUGUGGUGGGAGCCUUGAAAUUAUCCCAUGCAGCAGAGUGGGCCAUGUCUUCCGCAAACAGCAUCCUUACACAUUUCCUGGUGGGAGCGGUACUGUGUUUGCAAGAAAUACACGUAGGGCUGCAGAAGUCUGGAUGGAUGAGUACAAAAAUUUCUAUUAUGCAGCAGUGCCUUCUGCCAGAAAUGUACCUUAUGGCAACAUUCAAAGCCGAAUGGAGUUGAGGAAAAGACUUAGCUGCAAACCCUUCAAAUGGUAUCUUGAAAAUGUCUAUCCUGAGUUAAGGGUACCUGAUCAUCAAGAUAUAGCUUUUGGGGCUCUGCAGCAGGGCACCAAUUGCCUCGACACUUUGGGCCACUUUGCAGAUGGUGUUGUUGGGGUUUAUGAAUGCCAUAAUGCAGGGGGAAACCAGGAAUGGGCCUUAACAAAGGACAAGUCAGUGAAACACAUGGAUUUGUGCCUUACUGUUGUGGACAGAGCCCCUGGUUCACUAAUAAAACUACAGGGUUGCAGGGAAAAUGACAGUCGACAGAAAUGGGAGCAAAUUGAAAGCAACUCUAAGCUGAGGCACGUUGGCAGCAACCUGUGUUUAGACAGCCGAAAUGCCAAAAAUGGUGGGCUUACUGUUGAGGUUUGCAGUCCUUCUCUAUCACAGCAGUGGAAGUUUACACUUAAUUUGCAGCAGUAGAAGGGCUUACAUGCAAAAUGCCAUUUCACUUCCUAGACGUUGGGCAAAGUUUUGAUUACAUUACUGAUAUAUUUCUUAAACUUUCCACGGAACUUAUAUACCUCAGUAUUCCAUCUUUAUCUGAAAGUAGGAGAGAACUAAAGCAAACACAAGGGAACCAAGGGGACUUGGACCACUGCAAUUCUCACUGAACACAACUGCAGCACAGUUCCUUUGUUGUGUGAAGACCUACCAGUUCCUUUCUGACAUCAGCUUACUACUUGCACAGCAGAUGAUUAACAUCCCAAGGAACAAUUGAUGUACAGUAGAAAAUGGAUCUCAAUACAAAGGGAGGGAGGGGAGCUGGGUGCGGGGAGGGUGUGGGGCAAAAUGCUAGGAGAAGAUCAUUUGAAAUCUCCAUUUACAUAGAAAUCAUUUGUGGUUUCCAGAAACUGAAGUGUCAUUUUGAAGGUUUUUUCCAUGUGUGCUUGGUAUAUUUGAAUAUGAACUUUUCUAUGAUGGACUCAAAAUAUAAAUAUAAUAUAUAUAUAUAUAUAUAUAUAUAUAUAUAUAUAUAUAUAUAUAUAUAUAUAUAUAUAUAUAUAUAUAUAUAUGUCCGUUCCCAAUUGUUUAUAUCUAUUUUCAUCAUCCAAUAACUAUCAACAAAGCCAGUUAACAUACAUUGGUAAUUGGAAAUUGGAUUGAGAUGCUAUGAAAGAGCAGAACUCUAUGUAGAUGCAGAUUUUGUGCUGCUGAGCGUAAUGUCCAUGCAAACACUGGAUGCUUUUGUUUUGCAAACGGGAUCUAUUUCAUAGUGCUUCACCCUCACUGAAGAUUAUGGAACUCAGGAGGAGGAGGAAGAGGAGGAAAUGGCAGGGCAAACGAAUGUGUCUGCACAUGCCCUUGCUUGGAUUCUCUCUUCCAGUUUGAGAAUUCAGCACGAUUGCUCGGGGUAUAAGAAAACUCGUACUUGAUAUUUUGUUUUGAACAUUUCUGUAGCUCUUAAUUUUCAAAAUACUCUUUUCUUUUAUUACAAACAGUGUGUACUUGGUGCGGCUCUUUCACAGGUGCAGCCAUGGAGGUUCAGCGCAGCUUUCUGUUGGGCCUUAAUCAGCUUAAUUUCUUUGUCUUAAACUCCCCUUUGAAUUUUAAAGGUAAGAUGGAACAGCAAUGUCAGUCUCAACAGAUAGCAUAAGAUCAUAGCAUUAAUUUGCAAGGAUGAGCAGCUACAAAAUCUCUGAAUUGCACUUGCUUAAUUUAUAAACUUGCAUGGGUUGUUUUUUUGUUUUUAAUUAUUUCUCAGAACAGUGUUUCAAAUGGAUCCAGGCAUAGCUCUGAGAACUAGUUUGGGUAUCAGCCAAUCCUAAAUGAUAUUUUUAACCUUAGAAAAAAUACAUUUUACAGCUUCAGUGCAACUGAUGUCAUUUUUUUUAUAUUGAAAUAAUACUGUUAAAGCUGAGUCGACACUGACUUUGGUCUCUCAUUCUUAUGUAUGCAUAGACUAUAUACUUUGGUAAAGCAACAGUUGCUUCAACGAGCUUUUAAAACUAAAAGGAAAAAUACAGAAUCAGUGCCAGCAUUAGUAAGUAUCACAAAUUAGUGAAGAUGCCAAGUACAUAAAUGACUUUGGUAAUAUGAUGGAUCUCAGACAGACUGCGGGUUGAUUUAUAAAGAAGAAAGCUGAAGAAAUACUUUACUAUACUGUACAGUGGCUUUUCCCCCUUUUUCUGUUUCUGAAAGAGUAUUUCAAGAGCUGCAGUUUCCUUUGGCUGCAUUUAUACAAUAAAUGGAACUCUUCCAUGCAAAAUGGCUUUUACUUCUGAGUGCCAGACGUUAAAAUAACAGGCCAAGAAAUGUCUGACAUGCCAGCUGCAGUUAAAAUGGCAUGCAUUUAUGGGAUUCACAAAGGCUUCCUUUUGGAUGCAUUGGCAAUGGUGAAGGAAGGGAUUGAAUCUGAAGCACUUCUCUCCUCUAUCCAGCUUUCCUGCCAAUGCAACACACAUCUUCCUUUUCCUUACAUUGCUGCAUAUCUUCCUUCCAGUAAAAUCAUGGGAUUUGCCUGUUUAAAGAUGGUAUACAGUGGAUAAACUAGUUUCCAGAUAACUAGUCUCUACUCUACAGUGGAUAAACUAGUCUCUAUAGUGUAUGAUAAACCGAUCUCCAGAAUUCCUUCCUUCCCCUACAUAGCUUUGAAUUUGCUGAGGAAUGGUCUUCAAGUAUGGGAUUCAGUGAUUCAGAAAAGUAGUGCACAAUGGAAGUUUUUAGUCCUCUUGAAAAUAAAUGCUGAAUUCUUGGAUGGUGGCUUCAGCAGCAAAUUGGUUAAAGUUUACUUGGUCUGAAAAGAGAAUUUUUAAAAGGAACGUACACUAAAUUCAUAUUGUCCUUACAGUGACUAAACAGACAAGCAACUGCUAAUUGAAAUCAGUAUUAAAACAUAGAAGAGCAUGGACCUCACUCUUAGCUCUCCUAUACAAUCAGGGUUUUUUUGCAAGCAAAAAGUCUUAAUUUUUGUUCCCUUCUUCCCCUGGGUUUUGAAUGUCAGCCUACCUAUUGUAAGACAGGAAUAUAUUUCUAAGCCCCUGUGGAUGCUGUGUGCGUGGGCCUUAACGUAGGAGCUGUAUAGUGUAAAACACAUUGCUGUUCCUUGGGAGCAGAACUGAAGUGGUAUCCUUUUAUUAGAUACGUUUACAUGACACUGUGCCAAAGUCAUUUACUUGUUUUUUAAUUUUUUAAAGCAUCAGGAUUCAGCCCAUUUUUAAGAAAAAAAUUAAGAGCCCUUGAAGCAAACUGUAGUGGAGUCUUCUGAGAACUUUUCCCCUUAGUCUUAAAAGAAAAAAUUAUGGUACAUGCAAGUUUGUUUUGCUGGUUUCCUUUCCACCUCCCCUCCCCCACCUAACCCACCCCCCAAAAAAACAUAUUUUGAAAAUUGUCUUUUGAGUUCGUUUAAAGAAUCUGCUGUACAGAGCUUGUACUUUGCUCAUUUUAUAGAUGGAAACCAUCCUUGAAAAUUGUUUAACUUAAAUAAAGAAAUACUUUAUAGAAAA